AUGGCAAAAUGUGAUGAUGGAUCUAAGGAGGACUUCAUAUGCAAUUUUGUAAACCAGGCCAAAGCAGCGCCGGGGCCUCCCCACGGGGCACCUGACCCAGAGGGCCUGAGCCUGAACGGCCUGCAGGGCCCCGCGGAGGAUGAGGAGGAUGAGGCAGGCUCGGCCGCCCCGCUGGAGCAGCAGGACGAGGAGGAGGAGAGGCAGGAGCAUGACAUCUCCCUCUUCGUCAAGGCUGGCAGUGAUGGGGAAAGUAUUGGAAAUUGCCCAUUCUCUCAGCGUCUCUUUAUGAUUCUGUGGCUAAAAGGUGUCAUAUUUAAUGUCACAACCGUGGAUUUGAAAAGGAAGCCCGCGGACCUGCAGAACCUGGCCCCGGGAACGAACCCCCCCUUCAUGACAUUUGACGGUGAAGUGAAAACUGACGUCAACAAGAUCGAGGAGUUCUUGGAAGAAAAGUUAGCGCCGCCCCGAUACCCCAAACUUGCACCAAACCACCCUGAGUCUAACUCUGCAGGAAAUGAUGUGUUUGCAAAAUUCUCUGCCUUCAUAAAGAACCCAAGAAAAGAUGCUAAUGAAAAUUUGGAAAAAUCUUUGCUUAAAGCCCUGAGGAAGCUGGACAACUACUUAAAUAGCCCCUUGCCGGAUGAAAUUGAUUCUUACAGCACUGAGGAGAUCACUGUUUCCAGCCGGAAGUUCCUGGAUGGGGAUGAGCUCACCUUAGCAGAUUGCAACCUCCUACCGAAGCUCCAUAUAAUUAAGGUUGUUGCAAAAAAAUACAGAAAUUUUGAGUUUCCACCUGAAAUGACAGGGAUUUCAAGAUACUUGAACAAUGCAUAUGCAAGAGAUGAAUUUACAAACACUUGUCCUGCUGAUCAAGAAAUCGAGUAUGCAUAUUUGGAUGUUGCAAAGAGAAUGAAGUAAAUGGAAGACGCUUCUGCUUUUCUUUAUUUCUAGGGUUUGGUUGGGCACCAGCCAAGAUGGAAGAAAAAA